GAUCAAAAGAACUUAUUCUUUGUCCCCUCGCUUACACUAUAUAUACUCGUUCCAUCCUCCAGAGUUCAUAGCACAAUACACCUACAAUACCUUUUAAGUUUUCGGCUUUGAUUUUCAUCUUUUUAAGCUAAGAAAAUGGCUCAAGCAUGUGCCCAGAAACAAGAAGUCGUCAAGUACGGCCCUUAUGGAAAUCAAUGUGUGAGUGAAAACUUCUCGAUGAAAGUUGAAGGGUGUAAGUUCAUCAAAGAAGUCAUUGUGAGGCAUGGAUAUAUUGUUGAUGCAAUUGGGUUCGUUGUAGCCGAUCCAUGUGGUUCCGAAACCAACAUGUUUGGUGGCGAUGGUGGAAAUGAAUCAAAGAUUGUGCUCAAGUGCGGUGAAUUCAUAACACAAAUUAGUGGAACGUCGGGCGAGUAUGCCUACGCUAACAACACCCGUCUUAUAUCAACAAUCAAGAUACACACUAAUUUAUGUCCCGGUGGAUAUGGACCAUUUGGAACUGGGCAAGCAACCAAAAAUGUUCAAUCAUUUGCAUCUCCAAUGCCAUUAGACGGUCGCAUUGUUGGGUUCUUUGGAAAUGCUCAAGGAUACCUCCUUUCUCUUGGUAUCUAUGCUGAAAAGCCCCUACUCAAGCAGGGAUGUUAAGAACACACGCCCUUAGCGUGGUUGGAGCUUAUGACUGUCAUGGGCCGUGUGCAACAAUAAAAGGUUUCCAGCAUAGCCAUGGAACUGUGUUAUGUACUUUGUUUCAUGUUUGAGUCUCGUUACGACUUUUAUCUUUUAUUUUCGUGUGUUUUUGUUUAAUAAUAAGCCACAUUUGCUUAGUGGCCCUUUCAUAUA